AUGUCGGGGCCCACCUGGCUUCCCCCGAAGCAGCAGGAGCCUGCCAGAGCCCCUCAGGGGAGGGCGCUCCCCCGAGGUGCCCUGGGGCCACCACCAGCCCAUGGAGCAGCACUGCAGCCCCAACCCAGGGUAAAUUUUUGCCCCCUCCCAUCUGAGCAGUGUUACCAGGCCCCAGGGGGACCGGAUGAUCGGGGGCCGGCUUGGGUGGGGUCUCGUGGAGCACCCCAGAGAUCCCAGGGGCUCCCCCCUGACAGGGGGGGCCUGCACCCAGGAAGCCUGGAUGCUGAGAUAGAUUCGUUGACCAGCAUGCUGGCUGAGCUGGACGGGGGUCAUGGUCACAUCCCAUGGCGACCAGACCGACAGGCUUAUGAGUCCUCUCAGCCCCCUGCCUACCGUACGGGCUCCCUGAAGGUGAACGGAGGGGGUGUUCCACCUCCACAGCUCCCAGCAUCCCCCUAUGGGGGCCCCACUCCGGCCUCCUACACUACCGCUAGCACCCCAGCUGGCCCUGCCUUCCCUGUGCAAGUGAAAGUGGCACAACCAGUGAGGGGCUGCGGACCGCCCAGGCGGGGGGCUCCUCAGGGCUCUGGGCCUCCGCCGGGCCCCCACUUUCCUCUCCCAGGUCGAGGUGACGUCUGGGGGGCUGGCUAUAGGAUCUACCGUGAGCCGGGGCCAGGGGGUAAAGAGGAGGCUGCUGGGGUCUCUGGCCUUGCAGGAGGUGGAAGAGGAGGCGGGCAUGGGCCCCAGGUCCCCCAGAGCCAGCCUCCUGAGGAGGAGCUGGAGAGGCUGACCAAGAAGCUGGUGCAUGACAUGAACCACCCACCCAGCGGGGAGUACUUUGGCCGGUGUGGCGGCUGUGGAGAAGAUGUGGUCGGGGAUGGGGCCGGGGUGGUGGCCCUUGACCGUGUCUUCCAUGUUGGUUGUUUUGUGUGUUCUACGUGUCGGGCCCAGCUUCGGGGCCAGCAUUUCUAUGCCGUGGAGAGGCGGGCGUAUUGUGAGAGCUGCUAUGUGGCCACCCUGGAGAAAUGCUCUACAUGCUCCCAGCCCAUCCUGGACCGGAUCCUGCGGGCCAUGGGGAAGGCCUACCACCCUGGCUGCUUCACCUGUGUGGUGUGCCACCGCGGCCUCGAUGGCAUUCCCUUCACAGUGGAUGCCACCAGCCAGAUCCACUGCAUCGAAGACUUCCACAGGAAGUUUGCCCCACGAUGCUCAGUGUGUGGUGGGGCCAUCAUGCCUGAGCCGGGUCAGGAGGAGACUGUACGAAUCGUUGCUCUGGAUCGAAGUUUUCACAUUGGCUGUUACAAGUGCGAGGAAUGUGGGCUGCUGCUCUCCUCUGAGGGUGAGUGUCAGGGCUGCUAUCCGCUGGAUGGGCACAUCUUGUGCAAGGCCUGCAGUGCCUGGCGCAUCCAGGAGCUCUCAGCCACUGUCACCACCGACUGCUGAGUCUUCUCAGAAGCACCUACUGCAUUCUCAGUUUCAUUGGCCACCCUCCCUGACAUCUACCUUUGCAACUUUUCACCAAAUGCUGUCUCCUCUUCCUCCAAUCAUGAGAAAUAAGAAUCCCUCAAGUGUUUACAAAACACUUUCAAGUCUAUUGUCUCAUCUGAUUCUCACAGCAGCUCAACAUAAGCACGAUUGUUACUGUCUGCAUUUUUGCCCAUGAGAAUGCCAGAGCUGAAAGAUGAUGUCUCCAGGUUGUAUGGUUCUCAAAUUUCAGGACCAAGAUCAGAAUCUGGGUCUUCUUAGUUCUGGCUCAGUUUUUUUUUUUUUUUCAAAUGUAGUUUGGUGUAAAGACACCCUCCUCUCAGUGCUGGGAGCAAGGCUGCAGCAUGUACCAGGCGGGCAGCAUUUCCUAUUCUUUUGGGCCCUAUUUUAUUGGGGGGUGGGGGGGCGCAGGGUUCCGAACCCUUGACCUUGAUGUUAUCAACAUCACAUUCUCCCACAUUCUCCAGACUCUGAGUGAGCCACCCGCCAGCCAGCAUUUCCUAUUAAACCUCGCACUUAAUUCAUUGAGAA